AUGACUACAAUUUUAUCUUCGGAAUCGGCUAAUUGGCUUUUACCAUCUGAUUCAACAGCAUUGAAAACGACAUUACCAAAUUAUGAAGAAUCUUUACCAAAUCGUGUUAAUAAAGAAGGCAUUUCAAAUUAUAUUAAAAAUCGUGGUACUUUGUGCUUUGGUGAAUCGGCGACUGAUGGCAGAAGAAUGUCAGUAUCAACAUCAACACUAACACAACCAAUAAAUUCAAGACGAGAUAGUAUAUCGACACCAUCACCUAAAGUUCUAGGAUUUGAAGCGACACGAAAUUAUACACGAGAUCGUACUUCAACACCAAAUCUUAUUUAUGGUAAUCUUGACCCACCUAAUCCUCACCAUCAAUUACGUGUUAAACGAGAAGGUCGUGCUAAUUAUGAGAAAAAUCAAAAUUCACAAAUGAAAUCAUUGUUAGAAAACUAUGGUAAAUUACCUUUACCUUCACAGCGAAUACCGCAUACGCAAGGCGAAAUAGCUACGAAUCUCUAUUAUGCACAUCGAGAAGGUAAGAUGAGUUCAAUUUUAAGCAAUUAUGGUAAAUCUGCAGCCUCACCAAGACGAGUACCAAAUGUAAAAGGUGAUGCAGCUGAAGUUAAUUUACAAAAAGGUUAUGGUAAUGCACAGAUACUUCACCAUAGUAUUGAUUAUCGUCCAUCAACAGCAGAACCGAAUGUAAAAGGUAUUCAAGCUCAAUUAAAUUAUGAUAUGGGACGAGGUCGUCGUGUUAACCAACUUUUUCAUGAAUAUGGUAAUUUACCACAAUCUGCUCGAAUUCAGCCAAAGAUUAAAUUUGGUGGUGUUCAAAAUUUAGUUAAAGGUCAGGGUGAUGCCAUGCGUAAAACAAUUUCACAAUGCCCACCAUCUAAUCGUUAUCGCGAACGAGCACAAUCAGUACAAUCUUGA